UAGUGAUGAUGAUGACAUGAAAAUAUUUGUUGUUACUGGAAAGGAGAGCGAGGACGGAGAGAGUGUGAAGCAAGCAAUUGGGCCGAUCGCUUUCAACGAACAUACACGCAUCGCAACGGAGAUUUCCGGUCACGGGAGUCGCGGAGGAGCGAAUGUCGGUGAAUAUGGACGAACUGAGACAUCAAGUGAUGAUUAACCAGUUUGUUUUGACUGCGGGCUGCGCGGCGGAUCAGGCGAAGCAGCUUCUGCAAGCGGCGCACUGGCAGUUCGAGACGGCUUUGAGCUCGUUUUUCCAGGAGUCCAACAUCCCCAGUCAUCACCAGAUGAUGUGCACUCCACGCAACACCCCAGCCACGCCACCCAACUUCCCCGACGCCAUCACCAUGUUCUCCAAGCUGAGGACGUCCGAGUCCACCGGCACUUCUUCCGCCCAGGUGUCCAUGGCGUGUUCCCCCCCUCCUCCGCCCCCCACACACUCCUCCUCACAGGGUUUCGGCUCCUUCUGGGCCUCCUCGCCGCCCAACCAGCCCGUCUGGCUGCCCCCGUCCUCUCCCACCGGACACCACACACUCCACCACCACCACCACCACAUGCACCAGCCGCUCACGUGGCCCCCCGUGUCCCAGCCCGCCGGCGGCCCGCAGACGCCCGUCGUGUCAGCCCUGACCGGCCGGAGAUGAGACUCCCGAGGGGGGGGGGACGCCCACUGAGACUUUUGGAUGGCCGAUGGUGAAAGACACGGUACUCUUUCUUUCAGUUUUCUAAAGAUGAACAAUCUUCUCUUCCUUUCGGAGAUCUCGUUUUUUUUUUUUUUGUUGUUGUGUGUUUUCUUUUAUCUACCGUCGAUUUUCAUUUCUAGUCCGAUCUUGGGAAAGAACCACUAUGAGAGAAAAAAAACAAAAAAAUUAAGGAAGGUAUGAAAAGAGGCGCCUAAAGACGUUCAACUCUCCACCGGCGAGCCACGGAUUCAGGCCGGAGAGAGCGAAUCUUCGGCCGCCGCUCUUUUGUUCUCGCUCCUCCUCCGUGUCGGAGACACACACUCGCAAUAAAGCGGACGACGGACUGUAAAGAUGGAGGCCGCAUCAUGUGGUCGGGCUGUUCUGCGUCCCGGGAAGAAGAAGCAGGAGGAGGAUGAGGAGGAUGAUGUUUCUGUAGAGGUAGUUGUUCUGUUGAGUUCCUAACAGAGGCUGUUAUACGACUAUCGUAUGUUUGUUUCCAAACGCACAAGGCCUCAGACAUAACGGAGAUGCUGAGUUGAAGUUAUUGUGAAUCAUAAAAAAUAAAUCUUUGUUCUAGAUAUAUAUAUAUA